AUGGCUAUUGCCUACGAACAUCGUUACUGGGUCUAUGCCUGGAUUCCUCUCUUUGGAGCGUUCAUUUGGUUUGGCACACUCCUUUCGAUGCUAAUCACCUGGCUUGCCACUGGUCGGCCGCGGUAUGUGACCCAGCAAGGGAGUAUAGCCUACAUUUCCGACAUCGGCGCAGGCUACCUUAAACCGCUGUUCAUCGUUUGCUGCUGCAUAACUGGUGUCUCUUUCUUCCUGUCGCUCGUGGUUGAGAGAUGGCUGCGACAUUCCGGGAGGUUGGUGCCUAACAUGCGCCGCCGCGAAAGAUUCUUCUCUACACUCGCGAUUCUGGGAGCCGCCAUUGGAGCUGUCGGACUUAUCCUUCUAUCGAUAUUCGACACCGGGAGACAUCGGAGUCUACACCGUGUAUUCCUCCUGGUCUUCAUAGUGGGUGUUGCCCUUAGCGCGCUUUUCACCAUUGCCGAAUUCCGCUGGAUCAGCCACGACUUCGUCGAAAUCAGAAAACUUAAGCGCGCGUACAUCGCGAAGGGCGUCAUUGCCGUCGCACUCAUUAUCCUCGCUAUCGCAUUUGCUGUCGCGCUGUACCAUGCACCAAACGCUGGAGCUAUCAUAGAAUGGGUCAUUGCCUUUGGAUUCACGUUUUACAUUCUGACGUUCUACUACGAUCUGCGCAUGGCUAGAGGCGUCCACAAAGGCGAGCUAUCGGAGCAGCGGCUGCUUGCGAUGCGACAGCAAGGUAGUAUAGGCGCUCCCAUGAUGCAGAUAAAUUCUGCUGGAGGCAACUACUUUAGCCGGUACCGCAGCGGGAUACAGCGUCGCGUACGAUCUGGAUCUGGCGGGCUGGCGGGCUGUGGUACCUUCAAUGCGAGCUACACAAGCCCACCAGGGACGCCUCCUCGCUCGCGCACACCAAACCCGCGCCCGGCCGUCCCCUCACUUCGCAUUUCACCACCAACUGCACGGACAUCUCUCCCUGCCGCUACCCUCGCCGCACGGCGGGUGUCCGGACACGGGUCACUGCCCUCCGCACCCUCUAAUGACCGCCCGAAGACCCGCGCGCGCGACUUGCUGCGGAAGCACUAUGGCUUGGGCGUAGGGCCGCCGCCGCCGCUCGCAGGCAAGGUCGCUCAGGCAGAUCCUAUGGACUUGGACUCGUCCGCGUUUGAUGCGAGGUCGUACUAUGAGCAGCUCAUCACUACGUCUUCGCUCACGACGCUGCUGAGACGGGAGAACGGGCUGCUGACCGAAAUUAGACAAUUGGAUAGCGAGCGUCAGUCGCUCGUGUACAACCACCACCAUGAGCUGAUAGCAGCAAGCGAUACCAUCGCUGCAAUGAAGUCGCGUGCGGAGAACCUCGACGCCGACCUAGAUUUGUUGAGAGCAGCAUUCUCAGAGAUCUCGCGGUUGUCGUCUGAGGUCACAUCGGACGAUCCUUGA